UAACUUUUAGUUUUGUUGUUUUGUAAUCUCGGAAAGGAAAUUUUGAUUUAAAAACGGAAAAACUAACAACAAUUGAAUACAUCAUACCACGUUCUCAUCGAAAAAUCAUCGACAUUUCGAAGCAAACACAGAAGAGGUCAACACUCAUACCAUGGUGACAUCAUGUCACAGUCAACAUUAUCGUGUCAUAUCUACUAGUGUUUUUAUUUAUUUAUUUCAUUUUUAUUUUUGACAAUAGGUCUUGGUGUUUUUCUAUGUGUUUCUGAGUGUAUCGUCGUUAUAUUGUGGUAAUAUAUUUUUUAAAAACCAUACCAUAUUCUUAUUUCGAAGACGGGAAAAAAAAACCAGGUAUUAUUAUCACGUAGUGAAGAAUUUGUUGAAUAAAAAAAAUAAAAACUGUGUGGAAUAGUGUUUGGAAGAAGACGGACUACAAUUGAGAAAUACCAACAAUUCAUCGUUUUUUUUGUGUGUGUGUUAACCCCCAUCAUAUAGUUCGUCUUCCAACGUCUCUUUUCUCUCUAUUUUCACUGUUCAGUGUUGUUAUUAUUAUUUGUUUGUUUGUUUAUUUAUUUGUUGGUUUUGCUACGCUUCUCGUAGCUGUUGUCCGUAGCACACACAGCUACAGAACGUAGAGUAGUAGUGUUGUAUCAUCAACUAUAUCAUCGUUUAUAAUGGAUGACAUUUGGCCUCGGUUUCGUUGUCAAACAAUGGUACCUGUUUAUUAUUGUAUAUAUUGUUGUAUACUUUUGGUGACCCUUACUACCGGUGGAGUAAUGGGCGUUGGAGGAAUGCCUGAAUUUGAUGAGGAAGACAACGCACUACCACCACGUUUCCUGUCACGUAGCCAAACAUUUCGUGCUGUCAUCGGUGAUACAUUAUUGUUGCCAUGUGAAGUUGAAAAUCUCGGUACAUACGUCUUGAUAUGGCGACGUGGUAGUUCAAUUGUAACUGCUGGCAACUUAAUGGUAACACGAGAUCGUCGAUUUCGUUUAAUGAAUGGAUACAAUCUACAGGUACGCGAUGUUGGACCACAAGAUGCUGGCGACUAUGUCUGUCAAAUUGGCGACCGUGAGACGCGCGACCAAAUACAUACUGUUGAAAUAAUGGUACCACCAAGUGUCCGAUUGAGUCCAGCUAGUGGUCAAGUUACAGCACGUAAAGGUGGUUCUGUAACAUUAGAAUGUAAAGCAUCUGGUAAUCCGGUACCAUCAAUACGAUGGACAAGGAAAGAUGGUUCAGCAUUUGUUGGCGGUCAAAAAAUACGUGAAGGGUUUAGUUUAACAUUGAAUAAAAUCGAUCGACAUCAUGCCGGUGUUUAUCAGUGUACAGCGGAUAAUGGUGUUGGUGAACCGAUUACCGUGGAUAUGCAAAUUCAUGUGCUAUAUCCACCGGAGAUUAACGUGGAACGAUCAUGGGUACAUUCUGGAGAAGGCUUUAAUGCACAAUUAGUUUGUGUUGUUUACGGAGAUCCGCCACCAGAAGUUGCUUGGUAUCAAGAUUCCUUCCCCUUGGAUAUGAAUGAAAGACGAACAAUGGAUGUACGACACAUUAAGCAUAUUUUAACCAUACAAAAUGUUCAAAGCUCGGAUUUUGGAAACUACAGCUGUGUCGCAGACAAUUCCUUAGGCCGAGCCAAAAAAUAUAUUGAACUAUCCGGACGACCUGGAACAGCUGAAUUCCGAAGUGGACCACUUAGCCGUGGGCGUGACAGCUACAAUUUAACAUGGGAAGUUAGUAGUUAUUUACCGUUGGAGGAAGUUCGUCUAUUAUAUCGAAAAAUUAGUGUAAAUGACACAUAUCAAAGUCCCGGAAAAUGGCAUGACGUUGUACUAAAUCCAGUUGGAAUGGUAAACGGAGGAAAACAUAUUAUGUCCUAUACAAUUAAACAUUUGGAACCGGAUUCAAUAUUCGAAGCGGUUGUCCAAGCUCGUAACCGAUAUGGUUGGAAUGAAAUCAGUGAUUUACAUCAGUUUUUUACUCGUGGAUCUGAACCAGAACUAUCGGAUAUGGAAUUGAUAUCACGAACAUCACCAAGUUCGUUUGCCACAUCAAUACGAAAUACUCAAAUUAUUUACUUAUCAAUAUUUUUAAUAAUUGCACUUAGUGUUUUGAGAUGAUUUCAUUAAAAAGCAUUCCACAAUUUAAACGUACGUUUAUAGUCCAAUUGAUAAAAGUCGUAAAGUUCAUUUAGGAUGCGGAAAAAGUUGCGUUCAAGUUUUAUUUUGGGCAUAGUCACUUUAACCUAACCAGGAGAGUCCCUUUAACAUAAUCUAAUACU